CGUGACCUCAAGUAACCUAAGGAUAGAAAAUUCCAUAACAAUGUUUGUGAUGUUUAUUAUUAUGUUGAAUUAACUCAAGACCAAACGGCAAGUGUAUUCUAGUUCUGUUGUACUGACAAAUGUGUAAUUGUUCUUGUAAAAACAGUUGUUUGGUCAAACUUCUAUUAUCCAAGUUGAAUCGGCAAGGGAUAAAAAGGUAAAACAACUUGGACAACUUACAACAUAAAGUUGAUACCUUCAAGUCUGCCAAGUCGUUAUUGUGUAGCACACCUGUCCUCGCAGCACCCUGCUUUGCACGACCCUUUAAAUUAGAGGUCGACACCAGUGCGUGCGGCACGGCUGCUGUGCUCUUACAGGAGGACGAACAGGCUAUCGACCACCCUGUCUGCUACUUCUCUAGGAAGUUCAAUAAGCACCAGAGUUCACAGCCUGUCCAAGGCUGGGUGACAAAUGUUCACAAGAUAGUUGAUGGGAAAAUGAAAGAAGGAAAUAAACCUACAUACCUAUACAUCUCUGCUGCUAUGCUGCUAGGCAACUCCUACCCAUAUAUGUCCAUACUGACUGAACAGGUUUGUACAGUUAAUGUCAUGGGUACACUUUCCCUGGCAUUUUCAACUGGGUACACCAAGAACAUCAGUCUGCAGUUAGGAGAACACUCACCUGCAGCUUGUAACGUCGCAGGUAGGAAGCUUUUACCUGAUCCAUUAUUUGAGUUAAAUUACUUUUAUCUUUAUUGCUUUUAAUUAUUGGCAAUGUUUUCUGUCUGAAGAAUGGAUGUAUGCAAAUCAUCUCUUUUAUCUCUUUUCAUAAACAAAAAGGAAACUAUGAAAACAAUAUAAAGGAUAGGUUCAGCUGGACUCCAUAUAGAACUCAUACUGUAAAAACAUCUUGGUUGAGGUCCUGUUGUCAAGUAAUGAGGCUCCUGCGUCGACGUCGGCUGAAGCUUUUGCUGAAGCUCACUGUUGUACUGGGGUCACUAUGGAUGCUUUAUCUACUCGGUUGGCCUAGAACAGGCUGGAGGCUGGAGGCUACCUACAGCCUCAGGCACAGCUGGUUGGAGUAUACAGAUGAUGAUGGCGGUCCAGAGAAAGUGUGUAACUGUUCAGCGAUCCUGCAGGGAGAGAGGGAGGCUCUGGAUCAGGCAAAAUUAUUGAGCAUCACUAAAGACUUCCAGAAAAAUGUUCGCAUCCCAGAUGAGUAUUAUAUUAAUGCAACCCAAGACUGCAGUGAAUUCAGAUUAAGCAGGAAAUACUUGAUGUCCCCGUUAAGCCAGGAAGAAGAGGACUUCCCUCUGGCUUACUCUCUUGUUGUGCAUCAUAAGGUGCAGAACUUUGAACGACUGCUGCGAGCCAUCUACGCACCUCAAAAUAUUUAUUGUGUCCAUGUGGACAGAAAAUCAGAGGUCUCAGUCUUCGCUGCCAUCCAGGCCAUUACUUCCUGUUUCCCAAAUGUGUUCAUGGUCAGCAAGGCUGUGAACGUGGUGUAUGGUCACUGGUCACGUAUACAGGCUGACCUCAACUGUAUGGCUGAUCUCUAUAACAUUAGCACAGAAUGGAAAUACUUAAUCAACCUUUGUGGCCAGGAUUUCCCUUUGAAAACCAACUUGGAGAUUGUAAGGAUGUUGCGUUCAUUGAGGGGUGGCAACAGCAUGGAAUCAGAAGAAAUGCCUGAACAUAAGAAGCAGAGGGUGACAGAUGUUUACCAGAUAGUUGAUGGGGAAAUCCAGAGGACAAGUAAGAAAAAGGGGCCACUUCCAUUCAACCUGCCUAUUUUGUCGGGUAAUGCCUACAUUGUCGUUAGCCGAGGCUACAUCCGCAGCGUGUUGGAGGAUAACCGAAUACAGACACUGAUCGAGUGGUCCAAAGAUACCUACAGUCCUGAUGAGUUCUUCUGGGCGACUAUUCAACGAAUACCUGGAGUUCCUGGAUCAACACGGCCCCAUCGCAAAUAUGAUAUGACAGACAUAAAUGCAAUUGCACGGCUGGUGAAGUGGCAGGGCCAUGAGGGUCCACAGGAUUCACUGCAGUCGGUAUACACAGAGUGUCAUGGCCACCAUGUCAGGGGAAUAUGUGUGUAUGGUGCUGGAGACCUGCAGUGGAUGGUUGAGCAGCAUCACCUCUUUGCCAACAAGUUUGACACAGACAAAGAUCCCAUUGCUGUCUACUGCCUGGAGAAGUAUCUGAGACAUAAGGCACUGGCUGAUGUUGAUUGGAUGUUGUGAUGUUCCUUCCGCUGUCCUGAUAUCAAUGCCACUUAGUUUGUUUUAUAAUUUGUAUUAAUGUUAAAUGUUUCAUUAAACACUCUUGUUUUAGGAAAAUCUCUCAUCACUCCCUAUUUGUUUAAUUCCCUGAUGUUUACCACUCUGUUUAUCAGCUCUCCUUUUAAUAACACUCUAAGCAUCUGCCAACUGAAGAGACCAUUUACUGUAAACUACUGAAAGUGAAAUGUGCCAGAUAUUGUCAGUAGGUUACAACUCGGGAAUGCAGGUAGUAAAGUUUAGCCCUUAGAGACAUGCUGUUGUAUGUGUGCAGAAUGUGAAAUUUGUGCAGAAUGGUUUAAAGAUACAUAUGUUGCUUGAAAAACCUGUAUAUAUUAUUCACCAUGAAUGGUAUCUUCACAAUUGUGCAGGUUAACCUUUACUUUUAAGUUAUCUUAUUAACUUAUUAAACUAUUUUAUUAACAGAUGAUUUGAGCAUUGUCCCUAUCCUGUAACUUUAUUGGAAUUUGUUUUAAGCAUGAAAUUAAGAAUUGCUG